AGAAAAAGAAACACGAAGAAGCAGCAGCAAGAAGUAACAUUUUGCUCCGUGGUUAGCUUUGAAAGUGUUGUAGCAUCUUUUAAAAGUUCACUUUGUUUGUCGUCUUGCCGAUCAAAGUUUACAGGAAUAUUUUUGGUUACGGCGACACCAUGAGCACCUUAUGGAUGGGAAACCUGGAGACCUACAUGGAUGAGAAGUUUAUUACAAGAGCGUUUGCCACCAUGGGUGAACAGGCGAUAAAUGUGCGGAUCAUACGCAACAAGAUGACUGGAGGUGCGCUGGGUUACUGCUUUGUGGAGAUGACAGAUGAGGCCACAGCUGAGAGAUGUCUUCGCAAAGUCAAUGGGAAAUCAUUGCCAGGUGCCAAUCCGCCCACAAGAUUCAAGUUAAACCGGGCCAACUUUGGAAAACAGGAUAGUGGUCAGAUGUACUCUUUGUUUGUGGGAGAUCUGACUCCAGAGGUGGAUGAUGGGAUGCUGUAUGAAUUUUUCUACAACCGCUAUCCCUCCUGUCGUGGCGGGAAGGUUGUCCUCGACAGCGUGGGCAACUCCAAGGGAUGUGGCUUUGUACAGUUUCCAGAUGAGCGCCUGCAGAAGCGAGCGUUACAAGAGUGUCAGGGAGCUGUUGGACUCGGUGGUAAACCCUUACGACUCAGCUUGGCUGCUAACAAUUUAAGGAACAGGCCGCAGCAGCAAACGGAGCAGAAAACGUGGCAGUCCAGCCCCUCAGGAUACAAGCAGAACUACGAUCAGUAUAGCCAGUAUCAGCAGCAGGCAUAUUCUGGCUAUUACUCCCCGUGGGGCUAUGAUCAGACUGCUGCAGAUUAUGGCUAUAGCUAUCCGCAGUAUGAUUACACGCAGUACCCCCCACCACAGGAGAGUGAAGCUGUUCAGGAUGAUGGACUUGAAGAUCCAAGCCCGGAGCUGGACGUGGUCGAGGCCAAUAAGAGGUUUAUGGAGCUGAGUGAGGAACUGUACGACGCACUGAUCGGGUGCCACUGGCAGCUGGCAGAAAUCUCCGCACAACAGGAUGUGAAUGCAACAUCGAGCCUCCCAGAACCAAUUUACUGCUGAAUGUUAAUCUUGUAUAUUUAUUUCACUGCAGAUUUUUUUUUUCCCCAAUCUGUGAAAGAUGGGUUCUUUUGAGGAGUUCAAAGUGAUUGCAUUACGUUGGUUGUCAUUGUUUCAUUCAAUUGAUAACCUCUGUUCAUAUGCCAUAAUGUAGAAACUAUUUAACCCUGUAACUCAUGGAAAUGUGCAGAGAAUGGACAUAAAGGUUUCACCGCACAG